AUGUCCUCAUCCUCUUCACCCUCGGCCACCUUUACCGUCAAGCAGAAGCGAGUCAAGUUUGUCGACGGUGAUGGCGGCAGUGACAAUGUCUCCAGCGGUGGUGCUGACAGCAACAACAACAAAUCGUCAAAAGCAGCCGCCGCCUACAAUGUGGAGUUGAAAAGCCCAAGGGAGACCGAGCCGGUCAAUGUGGAGUUCACCAUAUCGAUGAAGAAGCCGCGGGCCUCGGUGUCGGAGGGCGCCAGUUCAAGAGGAGGCGGCGGCGGUGGCACCAGCGAGGACUACCAGAGUCGCAUCAAGGAGCUCAGUCAGGAGCUGAGCAAGGCCAAAGAGAAGAUUGAUGUGCUGGAGGCGAAGAACAAGGAGGUGGAGAGUAUGCGGAAGAGCUUCAGCAAGGCGGAGGGCGGUCGCGAGUCGAUCAAGGCCAACUUUGAUGAGAAUGCAAAGUUGAAGGCGAAAAUCGACGACCUCGAGGCGACGGUUCGCACGCUGAAGGCGGACAAGCAACGGCAGACAAAGACAACUCAAUCCGAUUCAGCCCAAGUCGCCGAGCUGCGCGCCAAGCUGGAGAAGUCUGAGAAACUGGUCAGUCAGCUGACGGCGGAGAAUGAGGACAUCAAGAAGGACGUCAAGUCGCUGGAGGUGGAGUUCCAGGAGCUGCACGACAACUUUCGCGAGGACCACACCUCGGAGUUUCGCGUGGUGAAACGCGAGCUGGAGGCGAUGUCGAAGAACUGCCGGGUGAUGCAAUUUAAGCUGAAGAAGGCGGAGCGGACGAUUGAGCAGCUGGAGAAUGAGAAGAUCGACCUGACGAAGAACGUCAGCGAGCUGUACGAGACGGCGAAGAUGGACGUGGACAAGCGGCGGAUGAAGGAGCUGGAGAAUGAGCUGGCCAUUGCGAAGGAGGUCUCGCUGAAGUUGCACGCGGAGAUUGAGACGCUGAAGGAGGAGCGAAUGAUUGCCGUGGAGCAGAUGCAGGAGCUGCAGCGGCAGCAAAGCAACCAAAGUGGACAACAGCGUCCCAACCACAACAACAGCGGCGGUGUUCAGCGACUGUCCUCGACGACGGCGGCGAAGCUCUCGCCGACGCCCUCCUUCGACCAGACGACGAAGGACUACGAGCAGGUGGUGCGCGACCUCUACGACUGCAUGGAGCGGGAGAAGGACCUGCAGGAGCAGCUGAGGUUCGCCGAGGAGGAGACGCGGACGACGCGGAAGAAGCUCUCCACCAUGGAGCAGGAGAAUGAGAUACUGAUGAUGCAGAUUCGGAAGAUGGCCAGCACAAAGAACGCCAAAGUGGGCGAAGACGACGACAGCGAUGAGCUCAAUCCGGAGGAGCUGAAACUGCACCUGGAGCUGUACGAGCAGGAGAUGGUGGUGCUGCGGCGGAAGUGCGACGAGCUGGAGCAGGAGAAUGACAACUUCACGCAGGAGAUCAAGUACCUGCAGGAGAAGCUGGUGUCACAGCCGACGCUGGCGCGGGUGGAGAUGCCGGAGCUGCCGGCCGGGUCGCCGCCGAACGUCAUCUACGAGCAUAAGAUUCGGUUGCUAGAGGCUGAGACGAGGGAGCUGCGGAAGAAGCUGGUGGACAAGGAGAAGGAGAAUGAGAGCUUGAGGACGGAGGUGGAGCUCCAUCGGCGAAGGGCCUCCAAGGUGAUCACCCGCAGUCGCAGUCUGGACAAUGAGGGCCAGUCGCUGGACAUGAAGAAGCAGCUGGCGCUUUUCGAGCAGGAGGCGGCCAUCCUCCGCCAGAAGCUGAUGGCCCUCGAGGCGGACAAUGAGAAGCUGGUGGGGGAGAACAAGCGGCUGCAGCUGCGCAUCAGCAAGAAGCCGCCGCCGGGCCCCGCCGACCAGUUGCAGCUGGAGAACUUGGAGCUGAAGGAGAGGGUGAAGGAGUACGAGCGGAAGUGUGACUCGCUGAAGACCGAUCUAAUGAAUGCGAAGCUCAAUGAGACCACCGAGACGGAGACGGACUUUAUAGCGAAUCUGAAGAAGCAGUUGAGGGCGAAGGAGGCCGACCUGGCCAGCCUCAGUACGAAGGCGGCAGAGGCGGACGUGGAGUGUGCUCGGCUGAACCGAGAGUACAAGAAGCUGAAGGACUCGCUGGUGCCAAGACGAAGAGUGAGUCGGGUGAUUCGCGAGACGGCGACGCGCAUGGAGCUGAAGGAGAUCAUCAAGGAGAUGGAGGACGAGGUGGCGGAGCUGCAGACGAUCAAUCGCGGCCGCGAUUCGGUGAUUGAAAAUCUCACAGAGGAGAUCUCCGAGCUGAAGAGGGAGUACCAGGAGCUGGAGGUUCGGGCGAAGAACGGAUCAGCCGGAAACGGGGCCUCUGAUGAAAGCAGCAGCAAGGUAGAGGAGCUUCGGAAGAAGCUGCAGGAUGAGCAGCACCGCGUGAAGAGCCUGGAGGCGCGGCUGGAGGCGCUGAGCCGGGAGAAGAACGUCGACCUCUCGCUGAUGGACAGCCUGGAGGUGCUGCAGGGCGAGAAGAAGGAGAUGGCCAUUCGGCUGGAGGAGCUCACCGGGGAGCUGGAGAAGGCGAAGAGGAGGACGAAGGACCUCAGCGGAAAGUUGGACGUGCACACGCGGAAUAAGGACGACCUGGCGGGGAUGAAUGUGAAGCUGAGGGACAAUCUGGAGAAGGUGGAAGAUGAGUUGGAGGAACUGGCGGGGAAGUUGAAGGCCAGUGAGGCGGGCGGCGCCGAGCUGAAGAAGAAGUGUGAGGAGAUGAGGAGGGAGUUGGAACGGGUGGCCAACCUCAACGUGCAGCUGAAGAAGGAGAGCGACGAACAGCGCAGCAAGCUGGCGGCCAUCAACUCUCGCUCAGGAGGCGUCAGCGAGCAGUCGGCGCUGCUGCAGAAGGAGGCGGCCGAUCUGAAGCGGAAGCUGGAAGAAUCCCGUCGAUCGGUGGAGGCCCUGCAGCGACAGGCCGACGCGGCAAAGGGCGAGCUGAAGGAGCGCGAGGCAAAGUGGAAGGAGGAGCUGAAGGAGCAGCUGGAGGCGACGUCGAAGAAGGUCCGCCGGGAGGUGCACCUGGAGCUGCAGACGCUGCGCGAGGAGAGCACCACCUACCGGAACCGCUGUCAGGAGCUGGUGGGGCGGCUGGACCAGGCGGAGCGGGAGGUGAAGGAGGCGGCGGAGAAGCUGAAGGCGAACGUGGCGGCGAUGCGGAAGGAGCGGGAGGAGCUGACGGAUCGGAUUCAUUCGCUGGAGAGUGCGGCGAAGGGCGAGCAGCGGAAGAGGGAGAAGUUGGAGCGGGAGGUGGAGAGUGCCACCAGAGGGAAGGAGGAGGAGCUGCUGCAGGCGCAGGACCGGCUGGUGACGAUGGAGCGGGAGGCGAGGCGGCUGACGGCCCGGUUGGAGGACGUCGAGUACGAGUACCAGGGGAAGGUGGCGGUGGCGGAGAGGGAGGCGGCGAAGCUGCGGGCCGACUACGAGGAGCUGACCGGGAAGUACGACCUCCUGGAGAAGGACUUUGUGGCGUUGAAGUCGAGGGCGGUGGCGGAGAAGGAGACGCUGGUGGAGACGGUGGGCGCGUUGAAGAGGAGCUAUGAGGAGAAGAUGGCGGAGAUUCGGUCGCUGAAGGAGGCGUCGAUGAGCCACCAGAAGGAGUGGUUCAAGGAGAAACUGCACUACCAGGAGCGGAUCGCCGCCUUUGAGGCGAAGGCGAACAAGGCGAAACUGGUGGAGGAGGAGCGCGACCGCCUCAAAGUCCUCGUCGCCGACAAGGAGAAUCUGCUCAACUCCUACCGGAAGGAGGAGCGGGCGCACAAUGAGGAGCGGGAGCGGAAUCGGGUGCGCACUGAUGAGCUCACUGGGCGUCUGGCGGAGCUGGAGCGCGUGGAGCGGAACACCCGUUUCCUCAGUAUCACCGGAAGGGCGCAAGUGGACAAGGAGCUGGCGGACUAUCGCAUCCGCCUGGAGCACUCGGAGACGUCGCACAAAGGCGAGCUGGCGGCGCUGCACGCCGAAUAUGAGGGCCGGAUGCGGCUGCUGGGCGACGAGGUGGAGCACAUGCAGCGGCAGAUUGCCGGGCUGGCGCUGGAGCGCGACCAGCUGAGGGACUCGCUGGAGAAGACGACCCGGGAGAUGAUAAACCAACUGGAGGAGCGGAUUUUGCUAGAGACGCGCGGAACGACCCGGAACUACGCCCGCACCAAGAUGGAGUUGGCCUGGGAGAAGGAGCGCACGGAAAAUCACCGGCUGCUGCAGGAGACGCAGCGCUUCAUUCAGGAGCUGCGGGACAAGCUGGUGGGCACGGAAGCUCUGAGGGAGAAGGAACGGGAGGAGGCGCGGAAGCAGCUGAUGGAGUUGAAGACGGGCAUGGACCGGGAGCAGGGCGGGACGCAGGCGAAGAUUGCCGAGCUGCACUUUGACCUGCUGGCGCUGAAGGAGGCCCAUGUGCGGCUGAAGUCGCAGAAUGAACGGCUGAGGCGGGAGCGGGCGACGCUGGAGAAGAGCAAGGUGGACUUUGUCGGGGAGGAGCUGGCCGCACUGCAGAAGGUGCUCGAUUCGAAGGCGGCGAAGAGCCUGGCGGGGAAGGAGGUGGCCGGGGAGGUGGCCGCCCUGCAGAAGAAGCUGAGCACUCGGCUGGAGGAGCUGAUUGCGGAGGCUUCGGCAAGGGGCGUUUCCUCUUCUGAUCUGAGCAUCGCCUCGAGGGUGAAUGGUCGAGGAGGAGGAGGAGGCACUUCCGGUUCGCUGACGNCUGGCGCUGAAGGAGGCCCAUGUGCGGCUGAAGUCGCAGAAUGA